AGCGUAGGCACAGAUAGAUCUAAUGCUAGAGUGAGCCAGUGAGACAUUUGAGAAGAAUUUCUAGUUUCCGGCAUAGUGACGUCAUUUUAAAUUAGGAACGACAAUUCAUAACUUUAGGCAUUGGAGGGGCACCCGAGGGUUAGAAAAUAAAGCAGGAUACGUGAAUACAAGAUGAAGCUGGUUGUUGUUUUGAUAGUGGCAUGUUUAGGAACUUUAGCUCAAGGGAAUGAAAUAAAUCCUUGUUUGUCUGCGGAUGCCCAGAAGUCUUGUGCAUCCUGUAUAGCCACAUCCAAAGAGUGCGCUUGGUGUGUCUCAGUGAGUUAUGAACAAGAAAAUCGCCUGCGUUGUGAUACUCAUGAAAAUCAUUUGAGAGGUCUUUAUUGUGACCCAGGGGAUAUCCAAUUUCCAACAGAUGAAGUUGAAAAAUUAAAGAACCAGGAUGUUGGAGAUGGAGAUCAUCCAGAAGAUGCAGUACAAGUGCAACCCCAGAAAGUCAGAAUUAAAAUUAGACCAAACAAACCAGUGGAGGUUAAGUUAACGUUCCGUCAGGCAGAGAACUACCCAGUAGACUUGUAUUACCUCAUGGACUUAUCCAACUCUAUGGAAGAUGACAAGGAAAAAUUGGCACUGCUGGGAAAUAAGAUAGCUGAACAAAUGUCAGCCAUCACUAAAAACUUUCGGCUUGGAUUUGGUUCAUUUGUUGAUAAAGUGGUGUCACCCUAUGUCAGUACAGUCCCACAGAAACUGAAGAUGCCAUGUAAAACAUACAAUGGUGAGCCGUGUGAGGCUCCCUAUGGAUUUAAAAACCAACUUAGUCUAGACUUAGAGACCACCAAGUUUUCUCAAAAAGUAAAGGAAGCCAGAGUGUCAGGAAAUUUAGAUGCCCCUGAAGGAGGCUUUGAUGCCAUCAUGCAAGCAGUGGCAUGUGAAGAUGAGAUUGGUUGGAGACCCAUUUCCAGGAGAAUGUUGGUAUUCUCUACAGAUGCUGGAUUCCAUCAUGCUGGUGAUGGCAAGCUUGGUGGUAUAGUCACACCGAAUGAUGGACAAUGUCAUCUCAAAAAUAAUCUCUACUCAGAAAGUUCAAAUUUGGACUACCCCUCAGUAAGUCAGAUAGCAAACAAGAUCAAGGAAAAAUCUGUCAGUGUUAUAUUUGCAGUGACUGACCUACAGUUUGAUAUCUAUGAGAAAUUGAGUAAAUACAUUGAGAGCUCUACUACAGGAAGGUUGGCCAAUGACUCCUCCAACAUAGUCAAACUUAUUGAGGACAAUUAUAAGAAAAUCACCUCCAAGGUAACCCUAAAAGCAGAUGGUCUUGGUGAGAAUAUUACUGUGGAUUUUUUCUCUAGGUGUUUUGGAGGAGAAGAGAUCAAGACCAAUGAAUGUGGCAGUCUGAAAAUUGGAGAAUCAGUGGAGUUCAGAGCUGAAGUGAUGUUGACAGCGUGUCCCAAGGACAGGAAGAAGUGGCUGAAAGAGUUUAGCAUUCGACCAUUGGGUUACCAGGAGAAGUUGACAGUUGAGCUGGAGAUGAUUUGUGAAUGUCAGUGUGAAAAUGCUGAGAAUGAGGAACUGAAUAGUGAUAAGUGUUCUAAUGGUAAUGGCACGUUUGAAUGCGGUAAAUGUUCCUGCCACCCUGGACGUUAUGGCAAGUUCUGUGAGUGUAAAGCAGAUGAUCUGACCAGCAAGGAUUCUAUCAAACAGUGUACAGCGCCCAAUGCUACACUACCUUGCUCUGGAAGAGGUAGCUGUGUUUGUGGAGAAUGUUUGUGCAACACCCGAUCAUCUGACUCCGCUCAGACAUUUAGUGGCCCAUACUGCGAAUGUGAUGACUAUUCUUGUAACCAGUUCAAUGAGCAAAUCUGUGGUGGUCCAGAGAGGGGCAAAUGUAAUUGUGGCAAGUGUGAGUGUAAACUAGGCUACAAUGGCACAGCUUGUGAGUGUGAACUGAGUAUGGAAAAAUGUACCACAGACAAGGGGCUUGUGUGUAAUGGCCAUGGAAACUGUACUUGUGGCAAGUGUGUAUGUGAAAACCAGUACACAGGAUUCAAAUGUGAGCAGUGCCCUGCCUGCCCAGAUAAGUGCCUAGAGUAUACUCCUUGUGUCCAGUGCAAGGCUUUCAAAUCUGGGAAGCUGACUCAAGAAAGGUGCCUGAGAGAAUGUAAAAUGGAGAUUUCUCUUCAUGACAAAAUUAGAGAGGGCCAUGGCAUACAGAUGUGUCCAAUAAAAGAUGAUGAUGAGUGCUGGGCUUACUACACCUAUGAGUAUGACAGAAAUGGGAAAGUUCUGAUCAAGGCUCAAAUAACUAAAGUGUGCCCUGAAUCAGUGAAUGUGUUGGCCAUUGUCGGUGGUGUGGUUGGAGGCAUUGUUGCUGUUGGUUUGUUCUUGUUGCUACUAUGGAAACUCUUGACCUUUAUUCAUGACACCAGAGAGUUUGCCAAGUUUGAGAAGGAAAGACAGAAUGCUAAAUGGGAUACUGGAGAGAAUCCAAUCUAUAAACAAGCAACUUCUACAUUUAAGAACCCAACCUAUGGUGGCCAGUAGUUGUGCUGGUACCAGACUGUUGCAACACAUUACAAAGGAAGUUGAUUUUGUCAUAAAUUUUGAAACAUCAGGUACAGACUUAACAUUGAUGACAAGUAAAUGAGUGUCUCAUAAUUUCUCCAUGUUACAUGACCGUCACAGGAACUACGUUAGAACAAUACUCAUUCUUUUUCAUUUUGGUGCUCGUUUUAUUUUGUGGUUUUAUAAAACUACUUUUAAAAACUAUCAUCUUCAAUAUAUUUAUUAACAGAAACUUUCAGGACAUGAGGAAAUGACUUCCACUCGUUGGAUAAAGUUUGUAGCUAGCAACAAGUUUUUAGCUUGAAGGUUUACCUUUUUUUUAUAUUGACUAAAAGUCUUGGGAUGAAAUCAAAAUUUGUAUUGGUGUUUUGGUGUGUGACUUAGGCCUCAUGUGAUGGCACUGUUAUGGAUUCUUGUCUUGAUUGUCCCAAGACUGAAUUCAUGUACAUGUGGAUGUAGCUCAUGCGUUCAAUGUGAAAAGAAGCACAUAAUACACAAGGCACUAUUUUAUACUUUUUUUUACAAGAGGGAGGCAGUUUCAUCAUGACUGACCAUCCACUAGUCAUUAAAUUAUUUCCCUUUUAACUAUCCAGUUUUAGGUUUGAACAAUUUAUAUUGGUGGCUGUAUAGGCCUAUCUUCAGUGCUUCAAUAAUAUUCAUAUUACUAUGUCACAAUCAAGUUGAAGCUGUAUGAUCUUUUAUAUAUUAAUGACAUUGAAAACAAAUUGUUUAUAUGUAGUAUUGCGCAAUAUAAAUGACAAAUGUAAAUGUCAAUUCAUGAUUUAUUAAGAAUACAUUUGUUUCAAAUGGAGAAAGUAACAAGAUCUGAGAUUCCUAGCAUUAUUUUUAGUUCACUGCUGCCCUUGAAUGAACUGAAAUCUUUUGAGGUUGUCAUUCUGUUCAUUUUUUUUCUUUUCACCAACUUCCAUUGUUGCUAGCAUGUUUAACUAUAUUGAGUCAUUGCAGCUUUGUAAGAAGACACACUUGUUCCCUUGUAAUUUAUGUAAUUAAAACAACAACCAGGUUAAUUACAGGUAAGAGAUUUGUCUUCCAGCAUCUAGUUCUAUUUGUUAUACCUUCAUAUUGGACCCAGCAGUAGAAAAAAGAUGAGCUGUGGUUGACGUGUACAGAUUGGAAGUUUUAAUACUGUGCUUCCCGUGUCCCCCAGAUGUCAUAAAAUUAUUGUCAAAAACAAGAGAGCUUGUCAAGUGAGAUCUUAUUGCUAUUUAUAACUUCAUACAGCAAUGUAUUCUUUGAUAUUGUACAGACAUAGAACAACAUUUGCUAAAGCCAUGUAUGAAAGUAUGUUGAUGGCCCGCCUCCUUAACAAAACGUUAUCAUGCUCAGAUCUUCAACCAUCCCAAUCCCUGGAAGAUAAUUAUGUAUUAAUAAUCAACUGAUUUGUGCCUUAAAGCAAUUAAUUAUUCAUAAUUGAUAUUUAUGUUCUUUUUAAUUUUAUUUUAAAAGAUCUUUGACAAACAUUUAAUAAAAAAUUCCACCUUCCUUUUUUAUUUUUCCAUCAGCAAAUAAAACCCUAAUUUUUAACUCAGUUUUUAUUGAGAUUUACAUACAUGCAUUACAAUAUUUACCUGUCACUCUGGAUGAGACCAGGCUGCUAUUACCAUGUCAUGUCAACUAUGCAUUGGAUCAUUCAACAGUUUUUUUUGUGUGUGUUUAGUUUAAAAAAAAACAAACUUUUUUGUGUAUUGCCUUGCUUGUAAUUGGUUUAUAUUUUAGCUGCAUACAAAUUUAUUUAUUUUGUUUGUGACUAUUACUUUCUCAUACCAUAGUGCAAUUGUAACCAAUAUUUUUAUUAACAGUAUUUUAUUUAUUGGAAUGUUGACUAUUUUUUUUUUUUAGAAUUGACAAGACUGUGGGAGCUGUGUCAAAUAAAGUGCCGAAUCACUUUUUAAAAAUUCUCCAUUACUUUUUUUUUUUCUUCUACCAAUCUUUGCCUUCAUUGCUAAGGUAUAUACUUUUUUGUAUGUCUUUAUGUACCUAAUGACUUAAGCAUGGAAAUAUAUCUGAAUAAGUAUAAAACUAUAAUGAAAUACAGAAUAAAGCAUUAGAAAAAUUAAGGUUUGAUCACUUUGAUGGUAUUGAGUUAUUGAAGUGCAUAACUACUUGGUAUCAGGCACAAUAUUGAUGAAAUGAUUUCCACUAUCUGGUGUGUCAAGCCUGUCAUUAUACCUUGACUUUGGCUUCAACAGACUAAAAAAUCACUGCUUCAAUCAAUAGAUUGUAAGAAAUGGAAGUCAAAUGAUCAUACUAUGUUUUAGAAUAUUGUUUCCCUUGAGACAAACUUGACCAGAAAUCAUUUAAUAGAUUGAUCUUUGUUUCAAAUUGAAGUCAAAUCUAGAGCAGUUCAAAGUUCAUCUUAUAGAAUUUUUUCCAUUUUCGAGAAGAGCUAAUAAAAUAUAAUUUUUUUGUCAACAUUUUACUCCACUUAUUUGUGGAAUUGUGUGUUCCACCAAAAAAUUUUUUAGAUGUUGUGGUUUAAACUAUUCAAAAGUGUAAUUAAUAGAAGAAUUGAUGUUUUUGUUUGAAGGUUUCUGUAAGAUGUAGCUAGUGGACCAUAAGCUUGGACACAAUGAUAUUAAGUGGACACCAUUUUUUUGUAGCACAAAGAGUUUUAAAAUAUUUUCAAUACUUCAAAUAAAACCACUGGCCAUUAGGACAGAUAAUUUACACCUCAAAACAAAAAGAUUUCUGUUCAGGUAAAAGAAGUACAUAAUGUAACAUUAAAGGCAUAGUGAUUCAAGAGUUGCAUAAUUUCUGUAUAUACCCAUGUUUGCAUUGCUAAAAGUGCAACAACAUUGAUAGCAACAAUAUUCCCACCGCUUUUUUUUUUAAAACUGUUAUAAAUCAUGAUAUGCAUGGUAGCAAUACUUUUGUUCAGAUGGUGCUUGCUUAACUAUUUUAUUUCAACUGAUUUCAGUUGUUUCAUUUAUUUAUCAGGUAUUCUUUUGAAAGCCUUAUAUAUGUUUCAUUAUGUCUCUGUUAAAAUGUCUUAUUUUUUCAUUUCACUUGACAUCAGAUUCAAUCAAAUUUAUUGUAUUUAUCUUUAAACAUCUUCAUAUCUCUAGUAUUAGGAUUUUUUUGUGAAUAGAGUGGGAGGUAUUCCAAAUUACAAAUCAAUUGUUUCUGUUUUGUUAGUUUUCUCUAAAUUGUAGUGCCUUUUAUGUAACUUUAUUUUGGUGGAAAAAAUAAGCAUUAGCUAGAAAUUGAAAUGUUUGCCUUGCAUGCCAGUUAAACUGAUGAAAACUAUUUCUGUAAUUGUAUCUGGUUGCUGUGUCAAUUAUUAAGUAUUUAUACAUUGAUUGUCCAAUGUAGUAGUCAACGCAUUAAUACUUCAGUUUAGUUUAUAAUCAAAUGUGUAUUGGCUGUUGUCUGUUGAAGUGGUCAUCCUCUUUAUUGUUUUUUGGUCUUCUUGGAAUAAAAAGAUAAGCAAAAGAUUUGUUUUCUUUUUCCACUAAUAGUGAAUAGAAAGUAUUGUAGCUUUUUCUUGUAUACAUGUAGAGUUGAUCUAUCAGUGUAUUCUUGUAAUAUCAUAGUGUAGUAGACUUUAGAAGGUGGAAUGGAAUUAUGUAACAUCAUUAUAAAUAGAAUCUUGACACAUGACAUUGGAAGUCAUCGUUUUAUUUACCAAUAGUUUUAAUUUGAUUGAACUCUUUUUUUAAAGUCAAUGUUUGUACAGUUAUAGUUUAAGAUAAAGGUACCAAACAAAUUUGUAAUUGAUAUUUUUUUUACUAGUUUGUAUCAUUUAUACCAUUUAUUGUCAUUACUUUUAUUUUUUUCUUUACACUUGUCAAAUCUGUUUAGAUCAAAGGUAACAUUUUUCAAUAUUGAACAGUUAACUGUCAUUUUUAUUGAUGAAUAAAAACUGAUAUAACAUA